CUCCACAGCAGAAGUUUCUGCUCUCUCUGAGGAGCGGGACAUGUCCGUUGUGAGGGGAACUAAAGCAAAGAUGGCAGGCCAGAAAGAGGAGUGUGAAGGGAAGGAAGAUCGGGUUCAUCUGAGACGCAGCAUUAGUCUGGUGCCUGCAGUCUCCUUCAUCAUGGGCACCAUGAUUGGCAGCGGGAUCUUCAUCGCUCCCAAAGGAGUGCACAUCAAUACAGGCAGUGUGGGACUCUCCCUAGUGGUCUGGGCGCUCUGUGGACUCCUCUCCACAUUUGGUGCCUUGUGCUAUGCUGAGUUGGGGACCAGUUUCAAAAAGUCUGGUGGCCAUUACACAUAUUUACUUGAGACCCUUGGGCCACUUCCUGCUUUCCUGAGGCUUUGGUCUGAAUUCAUUUUCAUCAGACCUGCAGUGACUGGGUAUAUUGCACUGGCUUUUGGACACUAUGUCAUAGAACCUUUUUUCACGCCAUGCCAAGCUCCUCUACUAUUAAUCAAAGUGGCCAGUUUUCUUGGAUUGACACUUUUGGUGGCAGUGAACUGCUGGAGUGUAUCACUGUCCUCUCGUACACAGGUCAUCCUCUUGAUCAUUAAGCUCCUUAGUCUGGUUCUGAUCAUUGUCCCAGGAAUUGUGGCUCUGGCCAAAGGCCAAACCGAAAACUUCCAGAAUGGUUUUAACUUCGAGGCGCUCACACUGACAAAGCUGCCUUUAGCCUUCUACGCGGGACUUUAUGCCUAUUCUGGAUGGUUUUCAUUAAACUUUGUGACAGAGGAGGUUAUCAAUCCAAAAAGAAACAUUCCAUUGGCCAUCAUUUUGUCCAUGAUCACAGUUACUACAUUAUACGUGCUGGUGAAUGUAGCGUAUUAUACUAUGAUGACCGAAAACGAGCUGCUGAUAUCCGAUGCCGUAGCAGUGACUUUCGCCAGCAAAGCUCUGCCCAGGAUGGCAUCACUGGUGCCCAUACUGGUGGCCAUGUCCUGUCUUGGGACCAUGAACGCAGGGAUCUUUUCAGUACCGAGAAUGUUAUUUGUGGCUGCCAGAGAGGGACAAUGGCCAACCCUGUUUUCCAUGAUACACAUACGAAGAAAGACACCAAUGCCUGCUGUACUAUUGCUGUGCCCUCUAGUGGUUAUCAUGUUGGCAAGAGGAGACAUUUAUCAACUGAUCAACUUUGCUUCUUUCUCGCGCUGGUUCUUCAUCGCCCUGGUUACACUGGGGCUUCUCGUCCAUCGCUAUCGAUUCCCAGACCAUCCACGAACAUUUAAGGUUCCUCUGGCUGUUCCUGUGAUCUUCACGGUGGUGUGUUUCUUUAUCGUGGGUCUGUCUCUGUAUUCAGACCCCUGGAACACAGGUUGCAGUUUUGCUGUUACUUUCACUGGAAUCCCAGUGUACUACCUGACCAUAAAGCACUCGUAUAUACCAAACCGUUGGAGAAAAACCAUCAAUUACUACACUAACCAACUUCAGAUCUUGUUGGAGGUGGUACAGCAAGAAGUUCAGACCUACUGAAGGAGCCAAACAUUACACUAAGGGGCGGGCGCUAAACACAGACACCCUAAAAUUAUCAACAAACCAUCCAACAACCUCUCAACUGACUGCCAUGAACAAGUUUAAGAGGUUUAGUCUGAAAGACAUGGAAAUUUGAUAUCUGAGAUGGAAAUAUUGUGAAAUAUUACCUUUUUUUAAGUAGGUUAUAGCAUCUUCUCAAACGUUGUACAACUAACCCAGACUGUGGUAGCCAUUAAACAUUUUACUUUCCCAUGUUGCAAUCCUCAGCAGACUCCUGAAAGGCUGUAACACAAUAAAAUGAGGGGGGGAGGGGGGAAUGAAAAGUCUCGACUGUGAUCUGGUUAAUCCAUAACUUCUUUAACAGCUAAAUAUCCUUUAUAUAAAAUAAAAUCAUAUAAAACACUGUAGUUAGUGUCUGAUACAAAGGAUUUGAGAUGGAAUGAGGUGUUUUCAUCAUUUAAAAGUUGUUGCCAACCUUUAGUAACACACACACACACACACACACACACACUCACACACAAAACAGAUGACUAUGGAAACUGUACACCAAUGUACUACUGUGUUACAGAAAUUGUUCUAUGGUUGUGAUGAUAGCCUCAUGUUAUGUCCUACAUUCUGGGACGUAAAGAAAUUCAGUUGUUGGUUAAGAGUUUUGACAGUGUUAGCAAUGAUGAAUGCAGGUUGAAAUUAAACACAGGGUUGCAGUAAUAAUAAUAAUAAUAAUAAUAAUAAUAAUAAUAAUAAAAAGGCAAAAACCAUAAAGCACACAGAAUAGAGAAUAAUAGCUGGAUGCAUGCACAGUGAAAGAGGGUUGAACCUGACAGAAUUAUAAAAUCUGUCCACUGAGUCUGGUAGUGUGUCACAGAAGAGUAGUAAAUCAAAAUCCAAAGCAUCAGCAACUGAAUUUGAAUAAAGUUUAGAAAAUACUGCCAUCUGAGCGGUCCUGUAGCCCUCGAUAGCUACUUUCACUUCUAUUAUGUGCAAAUAAUAAAGCAACCUGUGACGAUACGGCCAGCAGAUGGCACUGUGGCUCGUCUUCGGAUGAGUCACAUAACUUUGUUUUGGUUCACUCGCUUCCGGCUUGUGCGUUAGCGCUAGUUAUUCUGAUUUGUCACAGGUGAUUGCGUUUUGAGUUGAUUAUACUUUGUAUUUAAACGCCUGAGUUAUUGAGCACGGGGCUCAGUAUUAUUAGUUGUAAGAUUUGUAUUGUUGAUAUCGUUUGUUUUCAUGCCGGGAAGGAUAUUGUUUUGCCACGUUUGCCUGUGAAGACUGGAUUACUUUGGUUUUGUGUCUUUAAGUUUAAUAAAGAGUUUGAUCUCCGCCUG